AUAUAUGACUUCCUUUCAGAGUGCUGGCUGCUGAGUGCCAGUGGCUGAGAAAUUUAUUAAACCUUACUAGCAAGGCAAAGCGUAAAAUUGAAGCCAAUUUUGGGUUUUCAGCUUCUGGGCUUUAAGCUUGAUAUCGAAACAGGAGAGAGAGAGAGACAGAGAGAGAGAGCGCUGGACAAUGUCGCACUCGACGGUGCAGCCGAGCCGGUCGAGAGAUCUGGACAAACUACUUCUCAGGCCCGGCAAUCUCGUAGCCCCCACCUUCGAACCCGGUAUCCAAGUUUUGGGUUUUGCUUUCUUAUGGAUGGCAGUUGAGAGGUGAUCUUCAAGAGUACGUCCGAAUACUUGUGGUGGGAGCCGGUGGAUUGGGCUGUGAACUACUUAAGGACUUGGCCUUAUCUGGUUUUAAAAAUCUGGAGGUCAUCGACAUGGACCGCAUCGAAGUUUCUAAUCUCAAUCGCCAGUUCCUCUUCAGGCUUGAAGAUGUUGGUAAGCCAAAGGCUGAAGUCGCUGCCAAGCGUGUCAUGGAAAGAGUUAGUGGUGUAAAUAUUGUGCCACACUUUUGCCGGAUUGAGGACAAAGAAAUUGAUUUUUAUAAUGAUUUUAGUAUCAUUGUGCUUGGUCUUGAUUCUGUUGAGGCUCGGAGCUAUAUAAAUGCUGUAGCUUGUAGUUUUCUUGAGUAUGAUUCUGAUGACAACCCUCGGGAAGAAACAAUCAAACCCAUGGUGGAUGGUGGUACUGAAGGUUUCAAAGGCCACGCAAGAGUUAUUAUGCCAGGUGUAACACCAUGCUUUGAGUGUACAAUCUGGCUUUUCCCCCCUCAAGUCAAGUUUCCUUUGUGCACUCUUGCAGAAACCCCUAGAACUCCUGCUCAUUGUAUUGAAUAUGCUCACUUAAUUAAAUGGGAUGAGGUUCAUACUGGAAAGGCUUUUGAUCCAGAUGAUCCAGAACAUAUGAAGUGGGUUUAUGCUGAGGCUGUUAAGAGAGCUGAACUUUUUGGCAUUCAAGGAGUUACAUAUUCACUCACUCAGGGUGUUGUGAAAAACAUCAUACCAGCUAUUGCUUCCACCAAUGCCAUUAUAUCAGCUGCAUGUGCUUUGGAAACUUUGAAGAUUGCCUCUGGAUGCAGCAAAUCCCUAUCCAACUACCUAACGUAUAAUGGCGUGGAAGGUCUCCACAUUAAAGUGACUGAAUUUGUGAAGGACAAUGACUGCCUCGUUUGUGGUCCAGGUGUCCUUAUUGAGCUAGACACUUCAGUCACAUUACAAAAGUUCAUUGAUAUGCUUGAAGAGCAUCCUAAGCUGUUCCUAUCAAAAGCAAGCGUCAGACACCUUGGCAAGAAUUUGUACAUGCAAGCACCUCCUGUUCUAGAGGAGAUGACUCGAUCAAAUCUAAGUUUACCAUUAUUUGAACUUAUGGGUAAAGUCCCAAAGGACGUUGUUCAUGUGACUGGUGUGACCAUCCAAAACGACAGUAAAAGCUCUUGUCUGAGGAAACUACGAGUUGUUUUUAAGGGAAUUGAUGGGGUCACGGACAUGGACAUGGCUGGUGGGGCGUAAUUUUGCAUGCAGCACAGCAAUUGGUUUUAUGAUGCAGAACUGCACUUGGAUUUAUCAUGCAGUCCGCCUUUAUAAAUUUUCCUUGCUGUAAGGCAAAAGUUGGUGAGCAACUUAAAAUCCAUGUUUAUGUGUAACGAUAUGGCAAAAUAUGUUUCACCAAAGAAACAGUUGUAGAUGUGACGUUAUUACCAUGAGAAUGAGAGCCAUGUUAUUCACGAAGAUUUUAA